CCCCCCGCCCCGCGGUUACAUGACAUUUGCGCCAAUGGGUACCUCAACGUUGGGGUUUCCUUUGAUCGAUCUCAGGGAGCACUAAGUUAAUGUUUUAGCCUCUCUGACACUUCCUCGCACAUACAUCCACUUUGUGGGUCCUGAGAUCUGUAUAUUUACCAUAUGAGAUCUGCGGCUCAGGACAAACACAUCACAAUCAUUUCUAUUCACCAGCAUAUGAGGAGCUCCACAGCUUCAGCUACAUGGGGAUGAAAAUCAAUAUUUCGGCUAAAAACAGGAGCUUUGUCUUUGUCCCAGUCUUUAACAACAUCACAGGAAGGUUGACUGUUAAUUGUGUCACCAACAACAAGGUUCUGGAGAACUUUAAUAGUGAAGAAACAGCAGAAUUUCAGGCUCAGGGGAUGAAAAUCAACAUUACAGCUAAAAACAGGAGCUUUGUCUUUGUCCCAGUCUUUAACAACAUCGGAGGAAGGCUGACUGUUAGUUUUGUCACCAGCAAUAAAGACCUGAAUAUUAAGAACAUCGGUGUGGAAACAGCUGAACCUCAGUCUUGGAGAUGUGAUAUUUCUGUUGGCGACGGAAGCAGCCUUUGUUCUCCAGUCGCUCACGACUACAGAUUAACUCUGACGAUCAACGAUUACAGUCAGAAUGAUGUUCUGGAGAACUUUAAUAGUGAAGAAAGAGCAGAAUUUCAGGCUCAGAAGCUCGUACCACCGAUGGGAGCUCCAGCACCUGGAGAACUGAUCGUUAAUAUUUCUGCUGUUAACGGAAGCAGUAUUUACUCUCCAGUGUUUAACAACUGCACAGGAUCUCUGACCAUCAACUUUUUUCAGGUCAUUAGAGGAAAGCGUUGUCUCUGCCAGGAAAGUCUGCUACAAGAAGAGGACUGACAGGAAGCUGCAAGAGAAAAACCAGAGAAGGUGUGGGGUAGAAUGAGGAGAUCAUCACCAUCACCCCCUCCCCAUAUCCCCAACCAGCUCAGUCAACACCAUCGUGACCUUCCAGGUGAGAAGGCAGCUCAUGAAGACCAGGAUUACCAUCACUAGAGGACCAGACAUCAUAAUCUCCAUGGUGCUAAAUGUGUGUGCAGGCUAACUGACAGGAGCGUUUCUGCAUCUUUUGGUUUCUCACUGAGGUUAAAGAAGGUGACUAAUAUCUGAAGGACAUCCUGGAAAUUCCCCGUACCCAAGAAAGGACAUCGCAGAACUCAAACCUGUGGCCUAAACAUGACAUGUACAGUAAGGAGGACCCUCGAGAGCCUGGUUCUGCAGCUCCUUGGGCCCCUGGCACAGGACGGUCUGCACUACAAUUCAGGGAAAAUGCAAGAGUAUUUAUUUAUAUAUUUAUUUUUUGACCAAAUGUUUCCUUUCAUGCUUUUUAAUUCCGAAGUCACAAUGAAUUCAAAUUCUGACUGUAAAUACAAAAACUAUGGAAUGCACUUCAAUGACAAUAUUAAGUGAUUAAUUAUUAGUAAUUGAUUAGAUUGCAGUGAUUAACGAGAUUCAUUCAUGAAUUAAAUAUCGAUCGUUAAAACAUCCAUAUUAUGAUUUCAGAACUAUCAACCGGUCAUGUGUUCAAUACAACAUCGCCCUCUGCUGGACAAUUUUGUGUAUAACAUCCACAUUAUUACAAACACAAAAUAAAACAUUAAAUUCAA